GUGGCCUCCAUCGAGCCCUCUCUUCUUCCAACGUCCAAGAAAGCAAGCCACCCUACCACUCCUGGAGCCCAUCGCAACGGCAAGAUGUCGCGAAGCUAUGUCCAGCCAAACCAGAUGCGCCAGCUGCGCGCAUGCAUGGUCUGCUCGAUUGUGAUGGUGCGAACCCGCUUCAAGAGGGAAGGAUGCCCCAACUGCGAAGAGUUCCUCGGCCUCGCGGGCAGCGACGAACAGGUCGACAACUGCACCUCGUCCGUCUUCGAGGGCCUCAUCACGCUGGCCGAGCCGAGCAAGAGCUGGGUGGCAAAGUGGCAGCGGCUGGACGGCUACGUCAAGGGCGUCUACGCCACAAAGGUCAUGGGCCAGCUGCCCGAGGACCUGGUCUCGCAGAUGGAGGAGCAGUACAAGGUCCGGUACAUACCACGCGACGGAAGUGCAACGGAGGCGGACUAGGGUUCCGCUCUGUCUUCUGAUGUGAUGGAGGAGCUGAAGGACGGACUUCCUAUUCGCUCUGCCGGCGAGGAAAGUGCAAUGUGACUUUUCACGGAAAUCUUAGGGGAAAAAGAAAAUGCUUUUUUAGCUUCAGGAAAGAAGGUGCGCUCUCUGAUGCGACCGGGCUCUUUGGCUAGGGCAAAGCCUAUCCUCGACAUCUGGUCGUCGUUGGUUUAGGAAAGCAUGGCGUUUUGGAGUUGCAUGAGGGAACAAGGAGACUGGCUCGGGUAAGAAAGAGGGCUUCGAAGUUAGAGGUCUACACCACCAAUAUAACGUGAACAUUCUCAAAGA